ACAGGCGUUGUUGUAGACCCCGAAUCUUCUUUCACCAGAUGUAAGGUCUUAAAGGAAGGAGCAAAAACCACAUCCACAAUGAAUCAACAACUCCCGCCAGGCUUGUUCAACAUUCUUUCAAGACUUGGACUGAACAAAUUUUAUCCCAACAAACUUACUCUUCGUUGCCUGUUAGAGAUCAACAAAGACAACAUAAACACAAAUCCUGCUUCAUCACUGAAGGAAAUCCCAUGGCAUUUUCUCAGAAACCUCUUACAGAUCAACGCUGAAUGUCGAAGUUGUGUGCAACUACCAGCCAAUGAUGAGGAAGAUGAUGAUCUCUUUAGCCUAGACCUUUAUACCGACAAAGACACUCACAGUGGAGUUAAUGCUCUCGACCUGAUAGUAGCACUUUUCCUUUGUGCUGACAGCUUCUUGCAACAAGAAAUGGCUCUCAGGAUGUCAAUGUGUCAGUUUUCUGUGCCACUGUUGUUGCCUCAUAGCAACAACAGUCAGUGCAGCCUGAUGCUUUGGGCUCUCAGAGGCAUUGUUAAAGAGUGGCGUCCUCAUAGUUUAACUGAAUCUAAAGGUUUCAUUGAGGACACGAUUGUUGAAGCCAAUAUUCCAUUAUUUUCUUUUGUUCGCCUGAAAAACAGCAGUUUAUCAAAGUCCCAGAUGCUGAAUCUUGUUCUAAGCCGUGGGCAGCAGAGUCACAACAUCUUUAUGCAUAAAGACAUGGAGGACAGGGCUAUCAAAAAGGAAAUAGCAAAUGGACUUGUAGAGGUUUUCUGGUACCUUCCCUGUGGAAGAGAAAAUCUGGACAUUUUUCCAGAGCCAGUCGCAUUUGCUAAUCUGAGAGGAGACAUUAGUGAGUCACUUGCACAGUUUAGUUUUCUUGCUCAGGUUUCGACAGCUACCUUUGUGUUCCUGGACAAAGUUGAAGAAAAAGAGCAGGAAACUCUGAGUUCGUUCAAUGAUUUCAGGAGAAAUUUCUUUUUGGUUGUUAAUAAGGGUGGAGACAGUGAGGACAUGAAGUCUGUCAAGAGAACAUUAGAAAAGCUAGAUUUUCCAAAAAACAAUCUUAUCAUAAAAAACAAAACAGAAAACAGAACAUACUUCUCAAAAAAACUCUGUGCUGCUAUAAAGACCUCACUGGAAAGUACAACCACAGAUAAAAUGACAACAGAUCUGAUGUAUGAAAAAGCAGCAGAACUUGGUCUGUCUGUGGAUGAAAGUAAAAGUGAUGAAGAAAAGAAGGCAGCUGAAGAGAUUGUGAAAGAAAUUGGAGAACAAAGCAUUCCCAAAUACAAGAACCUGAACCUUCCUUUGCAGGGAGAAAAGUGGAAAAGACUAUCCAAGUUAGAAAUAAAACUCUGUAGACUAAAGGAGUACAGUGAUGUAGGAACUGAAGAGUACAAAUCUCAGCUACAGGAGGAGAAAAAACAAAUCAAAGAGGAGCAGGCAGGACACAACAUUUCCAAAGGAAUGAAAAGUUUCAUUGAGAAUCUUUUCACAAGUGACAAAGAAAAAAGAGAUUUCUUCUUGAAAUGGAUGAAACUUAAGCUUGAUGCACACUCUCGGGAAAAACUCUUAGAACUGCGAAACCAGUUCAAAGAGCAAUGCAAGACAAAAGAUGCAGAACUUAUUAAAGAGUUAGAUAAAACUCUGCUGGAAAGCUCUUUAGGAAUUGAGCAUUUCAUGAGAGAGAUGGGACUGAUCUACGAGUUUUCACAAGAAACCACAGAGGAAAUCUCUCGUCUCCCUCAACUGGCUGCUGAAAUGGUGAUGGACGGACAUCCGUUAGAGCUUCUGGAUGGAGACGCUUCCAACAUCCCAGAAAAGUGGGUGUCUGCUGUACUUAACGAGGUCCAUAAGAAAGUUGGACACAGGAGCAGAUUGUUGGUUCUGACCGUUCUGGGUGUUCAAAGUUCUGGGAAGUCGACGCUCCUCAACACCAUGUUUGGUGUCCAGUUUCCAGUCAGCAGUGGCAGAUGUACAAGAGGAGCUUACAUGAUCUUCCUCAGAGUUCAAGAGGAUUUGAAAAAUGAACUGAAUUAUGAUUUCCUAGUUCUCAUUGAUACAGAAGGUUUAAAGUCUGCUGAUCUGGCUCAACUUGAGGACAGUUAUGAACAUGACAACCAGCUGGCAACCUUCGUCAUUGGCUUAAGUGACAUUGCCAUCAUCAAUACUGCAAUGGAAAAUGUAACUGAAAUGAAAGAUAUUUUGCAAAUUGCAGUUCAUGCAUUCUUGAGAAUGACCCACGUUGGAAAAAAGCCUGCAUGUCAUUUUGUUCACCAAAAUGUUGCUGGAGUUUCAGCUGAUUCUAAGUGCAUUGCUGAGAGAAAACGUCUUUUGGACCAGCUCAAUGAAAUGACUCAGAUUGCAUCUGAAAUGGAAAAACAAUCAACUACUAAACAGUUCACUGAUGUCCUGGACUAUGACAUGGAAAAAAACAACUGGAACAUCCCAGGUCUGUGGCAUGGCACGCCACCAAUGGCUCCAGUAAACACUGGUUACAGCGAAACUGUUGCUGACUUUAAGAAAAAUCUUUUGGAGACAAUAAAGAGCAACAAAACCAGUGAACCUACUCAGAUCCCAGAGUUUCUAGAAUGGAUAACAAGUCUCUGGAGGACAGUUAAAUAUGAAAACUUCAUCUUCAGUUUCAGAAACACACUGGUGGCUCACGCUUAUGACAACCUGUGCAAAGCCUUCAAUGAAUGGGAAUGGGAGUUCAGAAAAGAGAUUUACUGCUGGCAGCAACAAACAGAGGUAGAAAUCUUAAACAUAAACAAUGAUUCUGGAGUAGAAAAUUGGAAUAAACUGGUCUCAGAAAAGAAGAAAGAGCUUUCUACAAAAAUACAAAAUGAGCAAAUGAAAAUGAAGGAACAUCUCAAUGAGUACUACAAGAGGAAGGACAGGCGUGUAAACCUGAUAGAGAAGUACAAAGUUGACUUUUUCAACAGCAUCAGAAGCCUUGCCAAUGAAAUCGAACCAUCAGUAAGAACUAAACUGGAUCGUGUUCUUGAACUGAAAGUAAGCCAAAAGAAAGCUCAAGAAAUACAGAGGAAAUACAGAGUUUUGAUAGAAGAUAACGUCAUGAGGCUCCUAUGUGUCUGCAAAAUGUCAAACCUUUCUGAAGAUCAGUUGACAGAAGAGUUUGAGAAGAUGUGGUCUGAAUCUACAGCCAACGUGUCUGGCUUAGAAGAACGGGACAUUGCUGGAUGCGUCCUCAAGCAGUUGAGAAAAAAUUUCUUUAAUCGAAAUGUAAACCAGGAAUUACUGAACACCGACCUAAAACAAGUAGGACGGAGUCCUUUCAAAGUCACAGAGGAGCAUGUGGACAGGUUUAAGGCCGAAUCUGUUGAUAUGAAUAAGUUGCAGCUCUUCACAAAUAAUGUUAUUGAGUCGUGUACAGAAUAUCUUACUGGCAAAGUAAAAUCACUUGACGAUUAUCAUGACUCUUUCAUGAAAGACCUGCUGGAAAAAGUUGACAAAAACUUGGAACAAAACUACAAGGAAUAUGAAACAAAUACAAAGUAUGAGAUUGACUUGAAGCUUCACGUUUGUGGCAUCGCUUCAAGAAAAUUCCUGGAAAUGCACCAAACGUUUCUGUCAAACCUGAAUCCCCAAGCACAGCUGGAGAAGUACAAGCCUGGGUACUUGUCAGACUUUAUUGAUUUGUACAAAGAAAGAGAUCAUUGUCAACGCAAAGCCAAUGACUACAUUCAGUUUUGUAUCAGACCAGCAGUGGAAGAUUUCAUCAGCAGAUCUCUGGGAGUAGACAUUGUGGAUGAGAUCUUAACAAGCCAUCAUUCUGCAGAGUACAGCUCUCGCUCUUUUUUCCAGUACAGCAUUCAGAAAGAAUUGCUGGAGAAAGAUGACUUUGAAUGUUUUGUAAAGUACAUCAGUAAAUAUGAACAAUAUGUUAAAUACUGGAUAUUCCAACACAUUCAGCAGGAAAUGACACGUGAGAACACAUUGUCCAAACUGAAGAACAACAAACUUCAGGUCAUAAUUAAGAAAGUCACUGCUGCAAUAGAAGUGGCAUCAAGACAACCAGAUGGAGCUACUCUGCCAAACAACAAUGAAAACAUCAAAAGGUUCGUUCAUGGAAUACGUGAAAAUUUGAACAAAGACCUCAUGAUUUCAGUCGAAGCUGAAAAAACGAUCCUCUUUCAAAUCCAAAGCACAUGUCACCCAUUUAUCAACAGUGUCAAAAUGGCACUGGAGAACCUGACAACUGAGCUUCAGAAACUGUUUUUGAAAUCUGAAGACAUCAAUAAAACUGUGAGGAAACUGACAGUUAAGCCACAGGAUGAACUUUUCACGCGAGUCUUUGGAUGUGGGAAGCAGUGUCCGUUCUGUAAAGCUCCAUGUGAAGCUGGAGGAAAAGACCACCGUCUGCACAGUGCAGCUAUUCAUCGACCACAGGGUCUUGGCAGAUACAGACAUAAUGACACCAAGAAACUUGUCGAAAGUCUGUGUACAACUCUUGUCCAAAGUGACGCUACAUUCUGCAGUUCGGACACUAACGGACAGUUUCAUCCUUACAAAGAUUACACAAAGUUUUAUCCAGACUGGCAGAUUCCACCAGACUCCACCAUUGAGGCUUCAGACUACUGGAAGUACAUCCUGAUGAAAUAUAAUGAUCAAUUUGCUGAAGAAUAUGGAGCCAAACCAGCAGAUGUUCCAGAUGCCUGGAAGAAAAUCUCAAAGGAAGACGCUCUGAAAGGUUUAAAAGAUGCUUUCAAUAUAAAAGUGCUAAAUAUAUAAAUAUAGCACUUGCUAGAAAGAAAUGCAAACGUUUUCCAACAAAAAAUGUUUCUAUAUGGUUUCAAUAGAGACGAUGUUAACAUUGUCAUCAACUAAAAUAUAAGAGAAAACAAGAGAAAUUUAACUGUUUACUUCAAAUAAAAAUAUUUUGUAUUUCGUGUUCAUUUAAGAAGUGCAAUUCAUCAGAAAAAACUUUUUACCAUUUGCAGGUUUCUUCAUGUUUAUUUUUUUUGCUUUUUUUGUACACAUAUUGUUUUUCAGAGAGUUAUUAUUUUCCAGUUUGCUUUUCUGUGAUUUAUCUUCCUGCUGUUAGAAAAUACGUUCACAACGGGCAGUGAAAAUGUAAAGGUGAAAAUGUAGAGCCAUUCUUGUACGUAAAUAUAUUUUUACUGUAUACAUGUUGAAACAUGAUUUAGAAAUUUACCACUACUUCUACAAAAACUGUUUGUAAUCUGUUCAUGUGUGAAAGAUAAUGAUGUAUCAAACAUAUUUACCAAGACAGGCCAAUGUUCUACAUUAUUCAGAUUUGUUGUACAAUUAAUCUAAUUAAACUGAAAAUUAUUUUAUCAGAGUAACAUUUUACAUUGUUUUCUGUUUUAUAUUUGAAUUCUUAAUGAGUGAUGAAGGAGCACAGCCAAUGUAAAACUGGUGUCUUUUUCACAAAUGUUUCUAUUUUUAUCCAUUUUUAUCCAAGUCAGUUAUAUCUUUGGUGGAAACAUGAUUUAUUAUUUACAUGUUUUUGGAUUUUGCUUUUUAGAAUGCCAGCAAGAAAUAAGCAGAUGAAAACUAUCCUUUUAUGGCUAUCUGGCAUAUUUUUGUAAUUAUGUGCAAUGUUCCUAUUGAAAUAAGUAAAUAAACCAACAACAAAAAAUGUGUCUGAGGGCCAAUAGUUCUUCACACUCUACCUGAACAUUACAGGUGAUCUCAACAACCA